CCUGGCAGUAGGCCCCGCCCCUCCUCCGCGGCCCCACGCAGCCGCUUGGGCCGGGCCGGGCCGGGCCGGGAGCGCCUGGCGGGAGCGGAGCGGGUUCGGCACCAGCUGGGACGGGCCGCGACCAGCUGCCUCCGGGACAUGGAGGGCGUGCGGCCGGGCGGGGGGCCCCCCGCGGGCGGACCGGGGUCCGGCUCGGGGUCCGGGUCUGGGUCCUUCCCGUCGCUGUUCCCGCCGGGGCUGCACGGUAUCUACGGCGAGUGCCGCCGCCUCUAUCCCGACCAGCCCAACCCGCUCCAGGUCACCGCCAUCCUCAAGUACUGGUUGGGAGGACCUGACCCUCUGGACUAUGUUAGCAUGUACAGGAACCUGGGAAACCCAGCACUGAAUGUUCCUGAGCACUGGCACUACGUCAGCUUUGGGUUAAGUGACUUGUAUGGAGACAACAGAGUACAUGAGUUUACAGGAACAGAUGGACCGAGUGGUUUCGGGUUUGAGCUGACAUUCCGACUGAAGAGAGAGACGGGGGAGUCGGCACCACCCACCUGGCCAGCAGAGCUGAUGCAAGGCUUGGCCCGAUACGUCUUCCAGUCAGAAAACACCUUUUGCAGCGGUGACCAUGUGUCGUGGCACAGCCCUUUGGACAACAGUGAGUCUCGAAUCCAGCACAUGUUGCUGACUGAAGACCCCCAGAUGCAGCCGGUGCAGACUCCUUUUGGGGUUGUCACUUUCCUGCAGAUUGUUGGGGUUUGCACUGAGGAACUGCAUGCAGCUCAGCAGUGGAAUGGUCAAGGGAUUCUGGAGCUGCUUCGGACUGUCCCAGUAGCUGGAGGCCCCUGGCUGAUAACAGACAUGCGAAGAGGAGAGACCAUAUUCGAGAUUGACCCACAUCUGCAACAGGAGAGAGUCGACAAAGGGAUUGAGACAGAUGGCUCAAACCUGAGUGGAGUGAGUGCCAAAUGUGCCUGGGAUGACCUGAGCCGGCCACCAGAGGAUGAUGAAGACAGCAGGAGCAUUUGCAUUGGGACCCAGCCUCGGCGGCUCUCUGGGAAAGAUACAGAGCAAAUCAGGGAGACUUUGCGGAGAGGGCUUGAGAUUAACAGCAAACCUGUCCUACCUCCAAUCAAUGCACAAAGACAGAAUGGGUUGAACCUCGACCGAGCACCAAGCCGUAAGGACAGUUUGGAAAGCGAGAGCUCAGCAGCCAUCAUUCCCCAUGAGCUGAUCCGCACGAGACAGCUGGAGAGCGUGCACCUGAAAUUUAACCAGGAGUCGGGAGCGCUCAUCCCCCUCUGUCUAAGGGGAAGGCUCUUACAUGGACGGCACUUUACAUAUAAAAGUAUUACAGGAGAUACAGCAAUCACAUUUGUAUCAACGGGAGUAGAAGGAGCCUUUGCUACAGAGGAGCACCCCUAUGCAGCCCAUGGACCUUGGUUACAAAUCCUAUUGACCGAAGAGUUCGUAGAGAGAAUGCUGGAAGAUUUAGAAGAUCUGAAUUCUCCAGAGGAAUUUAAACUUCCAAAGGAGUACAGCUGGCCUGAAAAGAAACUGAAAGUUUCCAUCUUGCCAGAUGCUGUGUUCGACAACCCACUGCAUUAGAGCUGAAUUACACUAUUCUAACAACUGGGAGAGCCAAGUUACUGUCCAUUACCCAGUGACUCACAGGAUAAUUAAUGCAGUAAAAACUCUGCCUGCAAAUAAAAAGAGUUUGCUGCACAACCACUGCAAACAGAAGAGGAGCUACUCAGCACCAGCCCAGACCGAACUGAGCCCUUUCCUUUAUCCUUCCCAAGGCUGAACUCUCUGGGAGCAGCCUGCGUAUGUGUGAGUGCGAGUGAGAAAUAUUUAACUAUGAAAAUUAGUAGUAAGAAUCCUUUCUCUCUCCUAGCUGCAGAACUCCCCUCUGCCUUAGCCCAGGGUGUAGACGCUCUGCACGCCUGUAUUUACACAUACAUUUCUGCCAGGUGCGAGCCUAUAAUCCAUGGAUUAAAUGUUCUUUACGUGACUCUGGAGUCCUUUUGUUAGCCAAACUUUUACUGACUGCAGAACUGUUCUUCCAUGUGCUAUUUUUUUUUCUUUUUAGAAACGGAAUGGUAUUUCCCCUGUUUAAAGGAGGCCAAAAGCUCACAUGCUUGAAGCUGAACAGAUUUAAAGAUGAACUUUCUAGUUCAGUCAAGAAAAACAAAUCCAGAUCCUCCCUGCCCUCAAAUUAGGCAUGUUUUAAGUGUUGGUCUUGGUGCUAUUAGCUAUGGUAUCACUGCAAACAGAGGCAACUUUAUUCUCGUGCAUCCUGUCCUUGUGCCUGAACCCCAGGGAAGGUCGCAACCUCUGGUUUUGCACAAGCAGGAGGAAGAAAGCUACCGGGGCGGGGGAGAUCUCCUGUUUACAGUGUGUUUAUCUUUAAAGAGAUACUGUCAAGUAUUUUUUCCUUGCUAUUGUACAGAAUUUGAGAAGCUAGAAAGGAUGAUUUGUUCACAGGGACAACUUCAGCAGCUCUGCAGGAUCAGGGGGCUGCUUGAAAGCAUAUGAAGUGGAGAUCUCUGCUGCCCUGGCACAGCAGAAAGGAGUCUCAGCCUCAAUGAAGCCAUCUAUUCUCCCUGUUCCAGCAGGGUUGUGCCCUAGUGCAGCUCCAUUUUCCCCUCUAGCCUUGCUGUGGUGGCUCUUGUUGCUGACCUUCCUCCUUUCAGAUGUGUUUGAACUGUAAAGCAUCAAAACCAGUUUGAAAAGACACUCUCUAGAUCCCUGUGGCUUCCUCCUUAGAGUGUGCAGAGGAGCCUGUCUCUGCAGUGCCAGGUUGUGUCUCUGCAUAGCUGCUGGCCCUGUGGAUACCUGCAGCAAACCACCGCAGGCUUUACCCCCUGCUGCUGCUGCUGCAGGGUGUUUCUGAUGCAUAUUCUCCAGCCUUCCUCUGCCCAUUGUCUUUUGGUGACAACUCUUCACCCCUUGUCAGGGGAGGUGCAGCUUUCCUUCCACCCCUUUCUGCCUACAAGAUAACUGGCGGUUUAUGCGCAGUUGCUGUGUGAUCCUAAUACAAGUAUAACAAAAGCUUUUAACACUUAACUUCCCAUAUCAAACAGCAAAGUCCAGGAGGCCUCACAGUACCCUGGGGUUGGUUUUCUGUUUGUUUUCUGAUUUAAUUUCUUCCCAGCACAGUCAGCUUUGAUGUUUUCUGCAUAUAUUUGAGGCUGGUUAAUGUUGGUCAAGUAGCAGAGCUAGGAGCCACAAAGCUUUCCUUGGACUUGCUACAGAAUUCCUCUGUGGCCUCAGGCAAGUCACUCAAUGUGUCUCUGUGCAGAGAGGGUGACUGUUGACUAGAGGGCUGUAGGACCUACCGAAGCAUGCCAGGGUUUGCAGGGGAGGGCGUGCUUUGUGUACAAAGCAGUAUUUGUAUUAUUAUAAUUGUUUUUAUAUUAUAAUUUAAGGCAGGCCAAAUGCAGGGUCCAACACUGCUCUGCAGAACCUUCCUUUCUGCAAAGCUAUGAAAGCAAUUUACAUGUAAAUGAGUUUGUCAUUUUGUCUGAACUCAGAGGAUCAUCUUAAAAUCCUGCUGUGAAAGAACAAACUUUCAGAUAUCCGCAUGUGCCAGCCAGAGUGAUUUCUGUGCUGUGGCAGGCUGCAUUCAUCCAUGGGAUCUCUUGGCCAGUUUUCACUGUCCUGGUUAGCACUAGGCAUCCCUUCUGCACUGUAGAUGUAUGUGCAAGGGACAGCGUGGAUGAGAAAGUGCCAUGAAAACCUACCGGUCCAGCUUCAAAAACCAUGUGCCCCAGUGUCCCACCGCAAGAUAAUGGACAAACAGGUAAUUGUGGCAGUGGUAAAAAGGCAAGGGCAGCAACUACAAUUUUUUCCCAAAGCCAUCCAACAGUAGCCCGUGGAUGCUCUUGUAGGAGCUUGCUGGGGGUGCUGCAGCAGAGCUGGCCUGUUGCCACGAUGCUGGCUGCUCUUCCUUGUUUCCAGAUGCUAGCUCUCAUUAAAAGGAGCUUAAAAUCCACAUCUUGGUGGAGAAGGGACAUUUGGAAGGUCAAUUGUUGCUAUUCCUGCAGAGAUCAGCACAGGGCAGAGAGAAGUCCAUCAGACCCUCUCUGGGCUCUGACACGCAUCUGGAAAGCUUGGGACCUCGUGCCCUGUGAACUCUUUGAGCCUUCACGGCAGGGAUCUGGUGCUGUAUGCAGGGAAAGCACCUCCUCCAAGCUGGCUUGUGGUCCAGUUCUGCCUUUCUCAUGCAAGUGUUUUCCUCACUGUAUUUACUCUCAUCAGAUGCUCUGGGCUGGGUUUCCAUUGACUUCAGAGGGAGCACGCUGAAUGCAUGUGGUAAUCCACCCAGUAUCCUUGUGUGUGUGUAUGUGUGUAUUUUUGUUCCAUGUCAUGUAUUUAUAUAUAGUUCCGUGUAUUUGAGUUAUGAACAGGUGGCAUGCCAGAAAUCUCUAUUUCUGAGACACUUUCUCACAGAUCUUUGCUGGUAGCCAGAUAACAAUUGAGGGGGGAAGGCUUGAAGGGAAGGAAGUAAAAUCUUCCUAUUUAAGUAAGGGGGGAAAUAUUAGACAAAUAAUUGCUAAAAUAGAAUUCUGUGUCUUAUUGUUAGAGCAGCUAUGAGAACCUGGUGAAAGUCAGCCCUUAAGCUCCCUGGUCAUGUCGCUGCAUCUCAGCAACUUAUCUAAGAGUAAUAAAGUUGCAGUUACUCAGUAUCCUGAAGAGCUGGCCAGCCACAGGACAUCCCCUCACAAUUCACAUCAAGUUUGCAACCAUGCCAAAGGCUUACUUACUGGCAAGUAAAUGAGAUGUGAAAUUUGGAUAUUUUCAUCUUGGGGCAAGAGGACAUGUCUGUGUGUGAAUGAAAUGGAAAAGAAACUUUUGUAUUUUAGUGAGCAAGUAGUUGAAAGAGGGAAGUCAUCAGUAUUAAUAAAUACCGUGGUGUUUUUCUAGCCCAAUCCUGAUGAGAUGGUAGGACCACUGGUGCUGAUUUUUUCAUGAUUGUGUAGAAGGCCUGAAGCAGGUUUGUAUGGAACCAAAACCUGUGGGGCUUGUGUUGGCUAAAGACAGUGACCUGGAUGGAAAUGAAAGCAGUUUAGAAGCAGUGAGUACAGGGUUUCUCUCUCUUGAAGAAAUCUGGCGAUGCAGGUCAAUUCAGAUAUUUGGAAAGAUGAAGAACCUUGAAAAUCCAGCAUGUGACAGCAACUCUGAAACAGGAGAAGUCUUAAAAGCCAGGACUACUCUCUCUCUCUCAAUUUCUGAUUAAAAACAGGACAAGGAAUGUAUAAUUUCAGUAUUAAAGUAUGUAGGGUGUGAUCUGAGCAGAGCAGUCAGUCUUGUAGCUGCUGUAACCAUAUUUUCAGUGGCUUAGAUAGAUGGUGCCUGCUGUGUCUAAUUCUUUGAGGAUGGUGUGUAUUGGUUUUACUCUACAUGGAAUUGCCAACAGUGAUUUGAAAUUAUAUUCUGAAGCUCUUCACUUUAAAUAUUCAGUUGAUCUUGGAUGGCUUUUGAAAUUACACCAUCAGGUCAUCAAAUGGUCUUGGGAGAAGUGAGGGUUAUGGUGUUUUUCAUCUGGAACCAGUAGAAAUAUUUUUUAAAAAGACCCAAAACACUUGAAAGCAAUGCUUGGCUCUUCCCUCCUCCUAGGUUGGCAUCCAGAGUCCAUGUCCUGCUUUGCCAGCUUGUACCUGGCCAGGGCAGGGCAUCGUCACAUCAGGUGGGGAGAAAAGCUUCAGGCCAGAGGAAGCUCUUAGACCGUGUGUCCAGUUUUCCCCUAGCCCAGAGCAUGGCCUUGUGCCUUCUGGCUCCACUGUAUCGAGUCUUGGGCUUCAGCCCCUACUCCAUCUUGGCCAGGUGAGGAAGGGUUCCAGCACCAGGAGAGCCCUUCCACCUCCCAGGGACUGGGUGACUGCCCUCCUGUGAGAGAACACAUUGUGCCUUAAUUUUUCCUGUGAGUGAAGCUGCAAGGGCAGACGAAUUGUCGGGCAACCGAGAUUCCUUUCUGCGCAUCUGUCCCUAUUAAUAAAUGCCAGCCUGCACAGCAGCAAGACUGUAUCCAAAGCCAUCUCAAAAUCCACAUUUGCCUAUGGGGUUCACCUCUUGAGAUUUUAAAGCUGGGUUUAUGUCUCUUGACCUAACAAGCUCUGUUUCAACCCACUGUUUUUAUAACAUUUUUUCUGUUGUGCAGUGUCUGCUUGUUCUCUCCUCUUUCAAAAAAACCCGGCCCUUGUGUUUGACAUGAGUCCAAAAUUUCAAAUGGAGAAUAGGCCUGAGGUUGCAAAUGUGUUUUAAACGUGGUCCCGUAUCGACUUGUCUCUCAGGCAGUGAACCUGUCGUGUAUCGUGCUUCACCACCUCUUCAUUUCUACCAUGAUUCUGUUUCCCCUGAAGUCGCUGACAGACCAUAAAAUCAUCAUAAGUGGCACAUCAGUUCACAAAUGUCAUUUCUAGUCUGCUGUGAAGGGGCUGCCCCGUCCCUUUCCCUUGCUGGAAGACCACAGCAUCGUUCACCAUUUGGCUUGUGGAGCCCUGAUAGCAGGAGAGGAUCAUCAGCCCAGGAAGGGCUGCACAUGGCAGAUGUGGCUGGCCAGGGCCUGGUUGUUUUUCAACUGUCCUGCUGCUGUGCCUACCCUCUUUAAAAAGAGGAAGAGAGAGAGAAACAAACCCAACCUCGAAAAGCCAGAAGAAAAUUUCCUGCCCAUUGUCGUGUUUUGCAAACACUGUUCUUUUCUCUUGCCCUCUCCCUCCGCUCCCAACGAGGCUGGAGAUGAAAAUGGCUCCUUUGUUCCUUUCCCUGGGGCCCAACUGCAGCGAAAGUGCGGCUCCGGAAACUCUGCACCGCACAGGCGGCGAGGGUGGGAGGGACCGAGCUGUCACCGUGUGCGGUAGGUCCUGCACAAACACGGCUUGUUGACAAUGCCUCGAGCAGGACGGGAGAGAAGGGCUCUGUGGUGCUGGUGACGAGGCUCCUGUGCCAGUCUUCCUCCAGAAGCAAGCAGGAUGCAAAACACACAGGGGCUGAGGAAGGGGAGGUGGGUGUGAGUGGCCAUGUUGUCCUGGUCGGGACUGAUCACAGGCUGGGGAGCUCUGGGCUUUUGGCUUUCCCCAGAGUGGGAAUCUGCAGCCCCAUGGAAGCAGGCAGCAUCCUGCUAGGGGCUUGUAGUGGUGUCCUGGCUCCAGCACUGGGAUGCUCCCUGCACCCAUCCGGCCCUGUAGUCCUGGUACUGGGAGUAUGGCCACAGUCAUGCUCCAAACCCAAGUUUACUCUUUCAAAACCCUUCGCUUGUCCAGCCCAGGCUGGAUACACUAACUUGUCCCUUUUUUUAAAGGGAUGGAGAUUUUGCCUCUUGCUGGGGACACUGCUUGUUUUGUGUGCUGAAUGGGAGCAAAGGCAAGGUUCCCAGGGCAGGGGACACAUGGGUGACUGGGACCACAGCAAACCCUGAUCUCCGGGGUUGCCCUUGCAGCCCUGGGGUGAGCUUUUCUGUACUUCAGCCGUGUACAUGUGGGGGUGUGUGCGGGUGGGUGUGUGGGUGGGUGUGUGUGUGGUCUGCAGAUGCAGGGGUCAUGUGGAUGGAAGAGCCCCAGGACACUCCCAGCGGGGCUGGAAGGGGCCUGUGUUUCUGUGGCCGGUGUACCAGUACCUUGUAGAUGGCCUUUCUUCCCUCUCCCCUCCUCCUUUUUUUUAUAAAAGACAAAAAACAAACAGAAAGCUAAACUAGCAGAGGUUUUUAAAUAUUUUAUAUUAGUUUCUAAUGUAAAUUCUUACAUUGUUAUUGCAGUGCUGGGUGUGUUUCGCCUGCACGUGACUUUUUGUAAUAUUUUUGUGAAUCACUAAACAUUUUUUUUCCUCCCGUGUAUUCUAAGUGCAUUAAAGGUAUUUGCAGAAU